AUGUUGCUUGUUUCAAAUAUUUAUAGUAAUCCUACAUGCACGGGUACGACAGUUGUUGCGAUCGCGUAUAAGGAUGGAGUUGCUAUUAUGACUGAUCGUUUAGUUUCUUACGGAAAAAUGGCAAGAUACCGUCAUUUUUGUCGUCAAUAUCGAGUGAAUUCCAGAGUUGUUGUCGCUUUUGGAGGAGAUCAUGCUGAUUUUCAAUGGUUGCAAAAUCUAAUUGAACGACAGACAUUUAGACUAAAGGCGCACGAUCCUACUGCAGAAUUGAGUCCUCGGAUGUUGCAUGGAUAUUUGACAUCUUUGAUGUACAUUCGGCGCACUAAACUCAAUCCUCUAUGGAAUAUUCUUGUUGUAGCUGGAAUGCAAAUGCAAAAUGAUCAGUUUGAACCGUUCAUUGGAGUCGUCAAUCAAAGAGGCGUUGCUUACUCUACAAAAAGUGUAGCUACUGGAUUGGGUGCUUGGUUGCUUAAUGAAAUGGUUGAAAACGAAUUGCGUCAGAACGGUGAAAAACUGACUACAAUAUCUUUGCUACGCAAAUCGCUUGAGUUGUCUUUUUACUCCGAUUGUACAACUAGCAAUGAAUUUGACAUCUCGAUUGUAGAUAAUGAAGGCGUGAAGCUCAGAAAACCUGAGACAAUCGUUGGCAACUGGGAUAUCGCUGAAUAUAGAUGUGACUAUGAUUAA